UCAUGAACCAAACUUUAGCAUCACAUGCAGACAAUGCGGCCAGUCAUUUCGAAAAUUCAAUUCGUUCAAAUCCCAUAUCCAGAGAGAAGAGAAGAAGAAUGCACUGUUAAAUUUUGCGAACGUAAGUGAGCAAGGCGAUGAAGACGUAGAAGAUGAAAACUCUGAUGAAGAAGAUGGAGAAGACAACGAUUCAAAUGAAGACACAAACUACGUCGACGAUGUGACAAGAUUCUUGGCACUGUUUAUUUUAAAAACCAAAGAAGAAAAUCAACUAAGCCAACAGACAAUCAAUGCUAUUCUUGACAAUACAGGAGACCUAGUGGACAGUAGCUUAGUGGAAAUGAAAAACAAAGUGGUGGCAUGCCUUCAAAGCAGUGGAAUAGAAAUUGCUGAUGUUGAGGGCCUAUCUGGAGUACUUGAUGAGCCAAGUAUCUACUCCCAAGCAAAACAACGUUUGCAGAAUGAAUACCAACAGAUGAAGUACUUUGUUGAGAAUUUUAACUUUGUGGAGCCACAGGAAGUCAUCCUCAAUCAAUAUGCUGAAUAUCGCUAUCUGCAAGGCAAGCAAAAACUCUGCCUGGUCAAGGAAACAUUUCAUUACAUCUCGAUACUGAAAACCCUACAAUCUUUGCUCAAUCAGGCAGAUGUUUUAUGUGAG